AAUGCAUCUUAAUUUAUCAUUUAAUAUGUUAAGUCAAUUUCCAUUAGGUUUAUUCGAUCAGAAAACAAAGUUGACGACACUAGAUUUAACAGGAAAUAAAAUUGUAUCGUUUGAAUUAGGUAUUUUCGAUCCACUUAGGAGAUUAAAAUCUCUAUAUUUGUCUUCCAAUUCAUUUGUAGGUAAAGAUCUAAAUCCAUAUCUAUUUGAUCAGAAUCCAAACCUAUCUAUUUUGGAUUUCUCCAGAAAUGAUAUGUCACAAUCUCCAGAUAAUCUGUUACAUGCAUUGUAUAAUCUAGAAACUUUAAAUUUGGAUCGAACUUUACUAAAUGUUGUACCGAAAUUUGCAACAUCUUCUAAUUUGAAAUCUUUAAAACAUUUAAUAUUGUCUACAAAUCAAAUAAAAAGAAUUGAUGAUCCAACUGUAUUUAUUAAUUUAGAUAGUCUAAAAGUUUUAGAUUUAUCAAAGAAUAAUUUGGAUUUUAUACAUGAAAAUACGUUUAAAACUUUAAGGAAUCUAGUUGGUAUUAUAUUAAGAAGCAACCAAAUAACAACUUUACCAGAAACUCUAUUUCAAAAUGUACCAAAAUUAAUAAACAUAGAAUUAUCCGAUAACCAAUUGGAAACUAUUACAGUUGAUAGUUUUAAAGGUACGUCAUUGAAGAAUUUAAAUUUAUCAGAUAAUAAAAUAAAAUUUUUACCAAAAAAUUUCUGUUUGGAAUUACAAAAUAUUGAUGUGACGUUAGCUAAGCUUUAUUUCCUACCUAAUCCUUGGGAAUGUGCAUGUAUGAAUGAAUUGGUUAAUGAAAUUAAAAAUAUGAAUAUUUUAUAUGAUGGUGAUGAUUUUGAUGGAGAACAUCAAGUGUGCGUUGUAAGAGACAAGUUUAUUUGUGAUAGAACUUUAAAAAUGUUGAAUAUCUUUCUUAUUUUAAUAUUUACAUUUUUAAUCGUCGACUGUAAGCUGUCAUGCAAAUCUGACAAUGGUCAGAAGGACCUUGGUUGUUCUGCCGGAGAAAGUGACUACGUAUUAAAGAGGGGUGUCGUUUCUGACAAUAAUAUUACAACUGGUAUUACAUUAAAAGCUUGCCGAAUAUCAGAUAUAGAAAAGGAAUCAUUCAAUGGUCUACCAGCUUUGGAAUAUUUAGAUUUAGCUGAAAAUAAAAUAAAAAAUCUCAAAUUAGGUGUUUUAGAUGGAGCUAAACAAGUUAUGUAUUUAAAUCUAUCCUACAAUUUAUUGUCAGAAUUCGAAUUGGGAUUAUUCGAUCAAAAACCUAAUUUAAAACUAUUAGAUUUAAGAGGAAAUACGAUAUUUCAUUUGAAAUUAGGCAUUUUUGAUGCUUUAAAGAACAUACAACAUAUAGAUCUUUCUAGUAAUUCAUUUUUGGGUAAAGACAUCAAUCCUUAUACAUUUGAUAGGAGUAAGGAAAUUAAAUUUAUCGAUUUCUCAAGAAAUGAUAUGUCCGAAUCACCUGAUAAUCUUUUACAUGCAUUCCGUGGCUUGGACUUUUUAAAUUUAGACAGAUGUUUCCUAAAAGAAGUACCUAGAUUUGCAACAAUACCUAAUUUGAAGAAUUUAAAACAUCUAAUGUUGUCUACAAAUUUGAUAAGUAAGAUUGACAAUGGUGCAAUAUUUGUCAAUUUGGACAAUUUAGAAAUAUUAAAUUUAGCGGAAAAUUGUUUGGAAUAUAUUAAUGAGAAAUCAUUGAAGCCAUUGAGGAAUUUAAAAAUGAUCGUAUUAAGAGAUAAUAAAUUUAAAAAGAUAUCUAACGAUUUGUUUAGGAAUUUACCAGUAUUAGGUAUAGUAGAUUUAUCUAGUAACGAAUUGUCUACAAUCCCAGUAGCACAGGACAGAUCAUCUGGUGAUCUUAGAGGAAGGCCUAGCCCAGAAGGCGUCUUAUGA